AUGGAGACAGGCCCACGCACCAAGUGUACUGGUGUUAUGGAGACAGGCUCAGGCACUGAAUUUAGUGGUGUUAUGGAGACAAGCUCAGGCACAAAGUGUAGGGAUGUUGUUGAGACAAGCUCAGGCACUGAGUGUAGUGGUGUUGUGGAGACAGGCUCAGGCACUGAGUGUAGUGGUGUUGUGGAGACAGGCUCAGAAACUGAGGGCAGUGGUAUUGUGGAGACGGGCUCAGGCACUGA